CUUUUAUAAUUCAUGAGUUCAUUGUUUUAAAAUAUAGAAAUGAGCAUGUGUCCAUUCUAUAUGUUCUUUCUUUGUAUUUUUAAAAUCGAGAACGUUGCAAACCAAAAUCUGAAAUGCCAAUUGGAUGGUCUUGAUUUGACCGUAUAUAAACAAUAUAAUAACAUUUGAAUAAUAUUGUUGUCAAAUACGUGCAUAUACUGUUGAAUUAUAACAAUACAAAAUUAAAAAUAAACUAUUUCAUAAUUUUUGAUAAAAAUAAUAAGAUAUAAACCGUUAUUCAAAAUGUAAAAGGACCUCAUACUUACAAUCUUACAAAAUAUUGGGAUAAAUGUGAAAAGGUUGCUUUUAAAUUGUCGAAUGAUAACAAAUAUUCAACUAACCUUUUAGAAUAAGCCCUAUGACAAAAAUAUGUGAAACUUAAAAAUAAUUUUGGUGUUUUUACUCAACUUAAAAUACACUUAAAUGUAACUCAAUAACUUCAAUAAAACGUACUUAAAAAAUGUGCUCGCCUGGAUUAUUGCUAUCUCAAUUUCUGAAUCUGUUGCAAAAACGCAAUAGUCAUCGCGGCUACAUAAAUAAAUCAUAAAUAUUGAACAUUAUUGAAGAAAUGCACACUAAUAUGACAUCAGAUCGUGGUGGAGGAGGCGGUUCUUGGAGACUACCACCAGAUGAAACUUUGCAGGUGCAAGAUCCAAAGCAAAAAGAUCAUGAUUUCGAUUUGGAUGAAGGUCACAAUUGGCGAAGUAUAAUCUUUUCAUUGCUUGUUAUAAGCUUUGUUGUGGCUGGCAUCGUCACUGCUAUAUAUUUAUUAGGAUAUGUUGAUGAACUUCUGUAUUGGUCGGGUCGCAGAAUGAUAUUAGACGAAUACUUGCAAGGAGAUUUAACACCUAGAAGGUUACCUUCAUCUUGGGUCACGACUCACAAGUAUGUUUUUCAAUCAGAUGAUGGAAGUCUAACAGUCUUGGAUACUACCACAAAUUUAGUAAAAGUAUUGGUAACAAAUCACACUCUUCGUCAACUAAAUGUUCGAGGAUAUGAAUGUUCGAACGAUUUAAAAUAUGUUUUGUUUAGGCAUAACGUAAAAAAAAAUUUUCAGAAAUCAUUUUCCGCAUUCUAUACAAUUUAUGACGUAAACAAUGAUCAUCACACGCCAGUAAAAUUAAAAGACUCAUUAAAAGUACAAAGAACUCGUCUUCAGUAUGCGGCUUGGCUUGGCAAUACGACUGCAAUAAUAUUUGUAGUGAAAAAUGAUAUUUUUAUCCGACAAUCGCCUUUAGUGGAAGAAGAUAUAAGAAUAACUGCAUGUGGACAUGAAAACCAAAUAUAUAAUGGCGUUCCUGAUUGGCUUUACCAAGAAGAAAUUUUUGAAACUCCAGAGGCGAUUUGGCCAUCUUCUGAUGGAACACAUUUUAUGUACGCACUAUUUAAUGACACCAAUGUUGGAAUGAUGACGUACCCGUGGUUAUCGUCUGGAGCUUUAUUCUCUGGAAGCGGGAUGUUUUCUGGAAGUAUUUUUCCUGAAACAAAAAUUGUUAGAUUUCCAACUCCAGGAACUACUAAUCCGGAGGUGGAGUUGUGGGCUGUUGACAUAACUAAUCUGAGCCACAUUCAAAAAUUUAACAUUAAACCUCCUGCCUCUAUUGAUGGACAAGACUACUACCUCACAUCAGCAGGUUGGAUAUCUGAUACCAAUUGCCAAGUAUCGGUAGUGUAUAUGGGAAGAUCCCAAAAUUACAGUGUGAUUUCAUUGUGUUCUAAAGUUAAAGACUGGAAUUGCUUGGAAGUUCACUCUGAACGUGCUCCAGAAGAUGAAUGGUUGGAUAUCUUUCCCCACCCGGUAUUUUCUUCAGAUGGUAGCAGUUUCUUAUUUUUGGCUAAUAUUCAGGAGUCCGAAAACUACCAAUUUAGACAUAUUAAACAUGUGACGAUAUCACAGCGAAGAAUUUCGGUUAUUUCCCAUGGUCGAUAUGAAGAAAACUGACAUUUCUGACCCUGAUUUUAAAAUUGAUAACGAUUGUGACAUGGACAAAAAUACCAUUGACAUCAACUUAACAAAUUAGUACUGCACCCAGGGACUAAAAAAUUAUCU